CAGGCGAGCAGCUGCGGGCUCAGCUCCCCAUUUGAAUGGAGCGAGGGGAGCGGCCAGGAGCCGCGUCCAGGGGCCAGCCGCCUUCCCGGAGCCCCCCGACGCCGCCGACGCCUCUCCCGGAGCAGCAGCCGAGCCAGCGCCGGGCCCCGUCGCGGGGGGACGGCCGCCGCCGCCGCCGGGGCUGCUAGCUGAGCGCCGCCGCGGAGGAAGAGGAGGAGAAGGAGCCGAGCGGGCGAUCAGCGCCGGGCACCGUACCGCCUCGCCUCGUCGUCGCCGGGCAGGAUGGUUUUGGUUCACGUCGGCUAUCUUGUUCUUCCAGUGUUCUCUGUGCGAAACAGAGGUGCUCCUUUCCAAAGGAGCCAGCAUCCUCACGCUACCUCCUGCCGGCACUUCCACCUUGCCCCCCAGCCCCAGAUCUCCGCAGACUUCCCCCUGCCUCACGCCGUCCAGCCUCACCUCCCGGCCCCCCACCAGCACAGCAGCCCGCUUCACUCGUCGCUGCCCACAAUACCCACCCUGCCAUUCCAGGAUGUGACGGGACCUCCGUUCCUACCUCAAGCGCUUCACCAGCAAUAUCUUCUCCAGCAGAGGCUCAUGGAGGCACAGCACCACCGCAGGAUCAUAUCCCACCCCAGGCGGACUCAGGAGCACAUGUCUGUCCAACCUCAUCGGUUACAUCCAAGCUUUGAAUUUGGCCAUCAGCUGCAAACUCCUCGGACUGUGGCCCCCCAACCGAGGUAUUUAGCUGAAGGAACAGACUGGGAUCUCAGUGUUGACGCCGGUCUGGGUCACAACCAGUUCCAGGUCAGGCCAGUCCCUCAACAUUAUCAGCACUAUUUGGCGUCACAAAGACUGCACCAUUUUCCCCAGAAUACAUCCUCCACACAGAUGGUGGUCCACGAGAUCAGAAAUUACCCCCAGUUUCAGCUGCUUGCUCUUCAGGGACUGAAUCCAAACCGGCACCCCUCGGCCGUGCGAGAAAGUCAUGAGGAGUUGUUACAACUAGAAGACCGGCUGGGAAGUGUGAGUAGGGGAGCUGUGCAAAACACCAUUGAACGGUUCACUUUCCCACACAAAUACAAGAAGCGAUGGCCGCAGGAGGACAAAACAGAAAAAGAAGGAGAAGAGUCAGAUACGGAAGAGAAAUGCACCAUCUGUCUUUCAGUGCUUGAAGAUGGCGAGGAUGUGAGGCGUUUGCCGUGCAUGCAUCUCUUUCACCAAGUGUGCGUCGACCAGUGGCUGGCAACCAGCAAGAAAUGCCCCAUCUGCCGCGUGGACAUUGAAACACAACUCGGAUUGGACAGCUGAGAUGAACCGCCAUGGGGGUGAGGGGGGGGGCUGGUGGUGCCCCCUCCCCCGCUUUCUCUUCGUGGUCCUUACGGGGAGGGGCCACCGGGCCCUUUUGCAGCAAAACGUUUUGCCUUCUGAGCCAUUUGAGUUUUGGGUUUUUUUUUUGUUGUUGUUCUUUUUUUUUUGAAGAAAGCCUGCAAGCACAUUCGCAGAUUAUUUAAUUAAAUUAAAAAGAAAAGAAAAGAAAAGAGGAGGACGAGGAGGAGGACAAGAAGAGGAAGAAGAAGGCAACGGCGGCGACAAUGAUGAUUUGAUGGUUAAAAUAUCUAAGUGUAGGAAAGGAUGCGAGAAUCCUUCUGCGUGGGCCGACACGCAACGGAAACACGGCUUGAAGGCCCGGCAGGAAAGAGAUAGUUGUGAAAAAAUGGAGGUACUUAGUAUCCUAAUGUUGGCCUUCCAAAUCCUACUUCUGAAAAGGGCUGUAUCUAUAUAUAGAUAUAGAUAUAGAUAUAUGUAGGUCUUUGGUUAUUCGGGUUUUCUCCCGCGUCAGAUUGGAAGUGUCUUGGCGACAUUUCGACAA